UGUCCGCAGUCUCUUGGUCAUCCCCUGUAGUGUGUCCGCAGUCUCUUGGUCAUCCCCUGUAGUGUGUCCGCAGUCUCUUGGUCAUCCCCUGUAGUGUGUCCGCAGUCUCUUGGUCAUCCCCUGUAUGUGUCCGCAGUCUCUUGGUCAUCCCCUGUACUGUGUCCGCAGUUUCUGGUCAUCCCCUGUACUGUGCCCGCAGUCUCUGGUCAUCCCCUGUACUGUGUCCGCAGUCUCUGGUCAUCCCCUGUACUGUGUCCGCAGUCUCUGGUCAUCCCUGUACUGUGUCCGCAGUCUCUGGUCAUCCCCUGUACUGUGUCCGAAG